AUGAAGGACAGAGCCUCAGUGGUUCACAAGUUUAUUCUGCUACGCAAUGGCAUCAAACAGCAACUGAAUAUCGAGAUCAAACGUGUCCACGGUGACAGCGCCUCGGAACAUGCCGCCCUGGUGAAAUAUUGUCUAGAUCAAGGCAUCAAUUGUCACACCAUCGAACCGACGAUUGCGGUGAUGACCGAUAAUCAGUUGCCAGGUUUCCUGUGGGAUCGCAUCGUUGUGGCCGUCACCUACAUCUACAACCGCUUGAGUCACGAUUCUAUUGGCAAGACUCCGCACGAGACCUUGCCUUCCAAUCUAACACCAGUUACUCUGCAGACCGAGGGAUAUCGGGUGAUACCAAUUUUAUUAGGAUACCACAACGAUGCCGUCGCCUGCGUCGAGGUGGCCCGAUCUGGCCGCCUCGGGAGAAAAGUCUACGCACCCACAGAGCGCGCCAUGAACCUACAACACGACGCCAGCGUCCUGCUGGGGCAUCUCGAGGCUAAUAAAGGCAUCAAGAUCCCUAAGUCGGUGAUUGAUCACAUCAGAACCGUCCAGGACUUCCUUGUGGACCUAUGA